AGGCUGCUCCUCGGUUUGUUUUUCUUUUCUCUCAGCUACUUCCGGGCCGUUUUGUUUACUUUGUGGCCCACUGGCUUAAGACUGAAUCGUUAAGGAAGAGGAAAAAUGAUAUAGAGAAGAAUGAACAGAAGGACAUUUGGAAAUACACUCCACGGGUUAAAUUGAGCAGUCGGUAAAGGCUGGGCUGUGUUUUAUUUCAAAAGGGCGCGCCGCUCCUUUUCUAAAGUCACAGGGGGGCGGCGGCGGUGGGGGGGACAUGAAGCGGGACCGGCGUGGUCGUUUUUUGCCUCCGACGCCUGGAACUCGACGUGGACAGCUGGCCGAAGCGAGUCGGGUACCAGGAGGGCGCAGAGGAAAAACGCGUUUGACAGCUGACGGUAGGACUGCAAGCGAAGAAAGUCAGGCAGGGCCGCAGCAUCAGUCGGAGCAUUCGGGAGUUGAGGAAGGUGUUGAAAUUUCGCCUUCGCCUGUCAGAAAAGGUGUUUCGGAAGAGGGACCGGAGGAGAUUGGGAGAGCUGUAACUACUGCCUUCUGCCGACUGUGUCAUGGGAAGUUUUCAUCCCGGAGUUUGCGGAGUGCUUUUGGAAAGGCUUCAGCAAUUGAAAAAACCUCUGACAAAAAGCAUCAAAAACCUCAAGUCUUUUUUGCUGAUUUCCAGCGGUUAGUUGGGGUACCUGUGAUGCAGGAUCCUGUUUUAUCACGCUACAUCUGCAAAAACUGUUAUUCUCAGUUUUAUAAAUGUCACAACAUUUUACGGACUUUCAUACAGAGGGUGAAUUUGUCCCCAGUGUCCUCUUUAAGGUCUAAAGGCAGGGAGAAUUUACAUUCAACGUAUAAUGCCAGAGAAAAAUCAAGCUUCGAUGACCUUAUUACUUCAAGAACAAGAACUCUGCGAUCCCUGGUGUCCUGGGCACAUCAGCAUGCUUCUACAUGUCAAACUGCACCAAGUCUUCAAGAAGUCUUGGGAUCUGAUUAUCAGGGUGUUGUGCGAGCUAUCUGGUGCUGUGAUGAUGGUCACAACUAUGUAAUGGACACUUACCCUCAUCACUUGGCUUUAGAUGUCCCUGCUGCUACAGCAGUAAAGUUGGAGAGUGAAGAAAGGUUGGGGCACACAGUGUUAGACAAUGGUUCAGUGGAGUCAAGCAAACAGCCGCUAGCCGCCACUACUCCAUUGUGGAACACAGAUUCCCACCAGCCUGUGUUUCCAGAGGCAACGUCUCUUGUGACAAGCACUGGGAUUCAGCUGCAGCACAGUAUAUCUCACCAGCCUGUUGACACAGAAGAGAGGCUACAGAGGAUACGAGAACCUCUAACAAGUCUAAACAGUGCUGAAGCUGGGAAGGGCAUGAAUGAUUUGCUAAGCUCAUCACAAACAGAAACACAAGAAGAGGACGAAGAGGACAGUGAUUUGUCUGAUAGAGAUUUAUCAAGUGAAGAAGAAGAGGAAAAGAGGAAAAGUGGUUCUUCUGAUGAACUAUUUGAGCCACACCCAGAGAAGAGUAAAGUUUCAGCCAAAAAGUGUGAGAGUAAAGAAGUGAAAAAGAAACUAGAACCAAAGGAGAGGAAGAAGCCUGGUCCUAAACCAGGCUGGAAGAAAAAAAUUAAAUCAGAAAGGGAGGAGCUACCCACAAUUUAUAAGUGUCCUUAUCAAGGGUGUACAGCUGUCUAUAGAGGAGCUGAUGGAAUGAAGAAACACAUUAAGGAGCAUCACGAAGAGGUUCGAGAGAGGCCGUGUCCUCACCCUGGCUGUAAUAAAGUAUUCAUGAUUGACAGAUACUUGCAACGCCAUGUCAAGUUAAUUCACACAGAGGUCCGUAACUACAUUUGUGAUGAAUGUGGGCAGACAUUCAAGCAGAGGAAGCACCUUUCUGUUCACCAGAUGCGACAUUCUGGAGCAAAGCCUUUGCAGUGUGAAGUCUGCGGUUUCCAGUGUCGACAGAGGGCUUCACUGAAGUACCACAUGACUAAACACAAAGCAGAAGCCGAGCUGGAGUUUGCCUGCGACCAAUGUGGGAAACGGUUUGAAAAGGCCCAUAAUUUGAACGUGCACAUGUCCAUGGUCCACCCACUGACACAAAACACUGACAAGAACAAGUCCUAUGAGACAGUUCAGUUCAUACCUUCUGAUGAACCUCAAGGAAUAGAGAGACUGGCAGAAACUUUAGCAGAUCCCAUCAUUCACCAGGAAAUAGCCAGCUGAGGUGAGGGCAUUAGGCAGAAAUGCAAUAAUACAGAUGUUGCAAUUCACUUUCUGUUGUUAAUUUUAAAUUAGAAAAUAUUGUUGCCCAAACUGUUUGCAGCAUGUUCAAAAGGUAAAAUAUUAAGUAAGGCUGAAAUCCCAUGACUGCUCUGAUAAUGGUGCUGAACAUUAGCUAAAUCCAUCUCUUCUGUACGCCAUUUUGCAAGAAAGGGGAGUUCAAAAUGAUGCUGCAGGGUUACUGGGGAAAAAUUAAAUCAAUCAUUAGGUUGUUUGUUGUAUUCACUGAACAGCACAUUUUUAUGCUCUGCAUGGAUUUUAUUUAUUUUCAAACUUUAAUAUUUUGAGAUCUCAAAUUCUCUUACAUGACUGUUCUUUUGGUGAUGUAAUAAGUCAACAUCAGUUGUUUCUCAUUGUUUUAACAAAUAAAACUGAUUAAGUUGUG